AUAGUCAAAUUUAUAUAAAAAAUUACCAAUAUUUAUAUCAUCAAAUAGAUUUAGUAUGGAAAUAUGUACAUGAUCAAUCUAAUAAUACUUAUUUUGUCAUGUAAAUGUUAAUCAUGUUUUGCGGGAAGCAAGAGUUACAUCUUUUCUAGGAUGGAGGGAGAGAGUAUGAAACAUAUACAUGAACUUUUGUCCUCGGCAGCAGGUAGGAAUUUAUACCAGGUCAGGUCAGAUAUUUCUACCAUUUACAGUCUACCUUUGCUUACUGGUACCACAUCAGUGAAAAAAACACGGCACCUAAUUCCGUAGACCAGACGCAGACAGCUGCAACUUUCUCGCGUACAUUAGCGUCAGCCAAUCUGCGGACGUACUCGGCAACACGCCCCAGAGGAAUAUCAGCAGCGUACACACCAUACCAGAGAGAUAGAGAAGGCCCCGCCGCGUCAGGUCAACUCUCCCUUCCGACCAUCGCCGCGCGCGAGUCCGCGACGCCUCAUUGUUGAAGCAACCGAUCGAUCAAGGCCGCGGCGCUUUAGCCGCUCGUUUCCUUUCCUUCCUUCAAAACCCGCGUCUCCGCCCGUGCGCGUCCCCGCAGGUCUCGCGUCGUUCGCUAUGGAGCGCGAGAGAGACCACGGCGCGGCGGCCCCGGGGGGCGAGGAGAACGGUUUCUACAACCACGACGACGCGCAGGUGGAGGCUAUGCAGCGGCGCGUGGACGCGGCGCCGCCCUUGGGCGACGACCCCUACACCAUCUUCCGCCUCCCGGCGGCCGUGCGCGAGCGGCACCGCGACCUGUACGAGCCCAAGGUCGUGUCCGUGGGGCCCUACUACCACGGCCGCGCCGGCCUCGGCGCCGCGCAGCAGCACAAGUGGCGCCUCCUCCGCGACUUCCUGUCGCGGGGGAAGAAGGCCGCCGGCGGCCUCGGCGCCUACGUGCGCGCCGCGCGCGAGGUCGAGGCCGACGCGCGCCGGUGCUACGCGGAGGGGUUCGGCCUGGGCGCCGACGUGUUCGCGGAGCUGCUGGUGCUGGACGGCUGCUUCCUGCUCGAGUUCUUCCUCAAGAAGAGCGAGGGGCAGCUCGCCGCGCCCGGGGGCGCCAAGUGGGCGUGGCACCACAUGUACCACGACGUCCUCCUGCUGGAGAACCAGAUACCCUUCUUCGUCAUCGAGAAGCUGCACGGCGUCGCCUUCGCCAGCGAGGACGGGGCCGAGCGCGACGCGCUGCUGGACAUCUUCUGCAAGGCCUUUGCAGGCGACCUGCCGUCGAGCCGCACCAUCCGGCCGCCCAGCGACAAGACCGUCCACCACCUGCUGCACCUGCACUACGAGUGCAACGUGCGCAAUCCAGCGGCCGCAGACAACGACAAGGGCCGCAACACUAUUAGGGACGCCAACGGCGCGUCGCUGGCCAUCUGGAAGCAGCCGGCGAUCCCGUCGCCGCGCUCCGGCGAGGUCGCCGGCAGGAAAGGUCGCCUGACGUCGAUGAUCCCGCCGGCGGCAAAGAUGGAGGAGGCCGGCGUGACGUUCAAGCGGAAGGCGACCCCGCGGGACGUGUUCGACGCGACCUUCCGAUACGGCGUGCUGCACAUGCCGGCGUUCGUGGUCGACGAGGGCGCCAAGGUGCUGCUCGCGAACCUGGUGGCGUUCGAGCAGGGAGGCGGCCGCGCAGCGCGGCAGCUGGACGGGGGCAACCUGGUGACGGGGUUCGUGGCGCUGGUCGGGUCGCUGGUGAACUCGCGGAGGGACCUGGAGGUGCUCCGCCGGUGCGGGAUCAUGCACUGCAUGCUGGCCGACGACGACGCCGUGGCCUACUUCAACCACGUGGUGCAGUACACGACAAUGGACUACGACCGCCACCUGCUCGCCUGCCUGUUCCGGGACGUCAGGGAGCACUGCCACUGGAACAGAUGAUCGCUCUCGACGCUGCCUGGUGGAGGUUCCUGAUAGCACUCACAUCGUCUGAACUUCUCAACUAGGACCGUCAGGAAGCACUGCCAUUGGAACAAAGGAUAGCUCUCGGGCUUCAUUUGGUUUUCUACACAGGCUAAUACCUUUAUCCUAAUUUGUGCAUUUGCUUAUUUGGCAUUAUAUGUUAUAUUUUGUUUUUUUAUUUGUUAAUAAUUUAAGCAUUAAUUUACACAAUUAUUCAAAUGACCAAUAAUGUCAGUGUUCACACCCAUGAUCUGAGAUAUAUACCUGAGAGAAAA